AAACAAAACUUGGUUCCCCCUCCAUUGAUUCAGCUUCGCAACAUUUUCAGAGAGAGAAAGAGAAAGAGACAGAGAGAAAGUUGUAACAAGAAAGAACAACAAUGGCGACCUCUCUGCAAAGAGCAGGUAUCAGACUAUCCCAUCUGCGUCGAUCUGCACUCCUUUCGUCGAGGUCCUUCUCCUCCGAAGCCGAUGCUUUAGUCCAAGUUCGCCCUGGUGAGAUCGGCGCGGUCGCUGGAAUCCCAGAAGAACAUCUUCGCCGACGAGUUGUGAUUUACUCACCUGCUCGCACUGCGACACAGCAAGGUGCUGGAAAAGUUGGGAAGUGGAAGAUCAACUUCCUUUCCACACAAAAGUGGGAGAACCCAUUGAUGGGAUGGACAUCCACAGGAGAUCCAUAUGCCAAUGUUGGUGAAUCAGCACUGACUUUUGAUGACGAAGAAGCUGCAAAAUCUUUUGCCGAGAGACAUGGGUGGCACUAUGUGGUAAAGAAGCGUCACACACCACUUCUGAAGCCUAAGGCAUACGCAGACAAUUUCAAGUGGAAGGGUCCUCCAAAGCAGGAAAUCUAGAUUUCAUCUGUUGCUUUGAGUAUGUAAGGCUCAAUUGUUAUCUAAUGCUGCAUUUUCUUUUCUUUUCUUUUCUUUUAUCCGGAUAAUAAUUGUGAUACACCCAUUGGCAUUUACGGAGUGUUGCAACAAAAGAACAUUGCCAUUUUCUCCCAAUUACCAUCGGUAAAAACUUUCUAGAAUUUUCAGUGUGUUCCCUGUACAUUAUGCUAAAGUUUUUGUAUGAGGCAAAUGUAUCAACGCUUGCUACGAAUAUUUUGUUUACAAGUGUGAUGAAAUAAAUACCUAUAAAUCUCAGAA